GUGGCCCGGGCGCUGGUUCGGUCGCCAUGGAGUAGCCGCAGGGGGGACGGGGCUGAGCCGCGGCUGGAGAGCGCGACGCGGACGGACACACGGCGGGACACGGCCCCCGCAGCUUCCCUUAGGCGCAGGCUAACGUGAUAGCAUAUAGUUGGGACAAUGGAGUCCAUGCUGAAUAAGUUGAAAAGUACCGUUACAAAGGUAACAGCUGAUGUCACCAGUGCGGUCAUGGGAAAUCCUGUUACCAGGGAAUUUGAUGUUGGCCGACAUAUUGCCAGUGGUGGCAAUGGGCUUGCUUGGAAGAUCUUUAAUGGAACUAAAAAGUCAACAAAACAGGAAGUUGCUGUUUUCGUCUUUGAUAAAAAGUUAAUAGACAAAUAUCAGAAAUUUGAAAAGGAUCAGAUUAUUGAUUCUUUAAAGCGAGGAGUUCAACAACUGACAAGGCUUCGACACCCUCGACUAGUUACCGUCCAACAUCCAUUAGAAGAAUCCAGAGAUUGCCUGGCAUUUUGUACAGAACCAGUCUUUGCAAGUUUAGCUAAUGUUCUUGGCAACUGGGACAAUCUACCCUCUCCUUUACCAUCUGAUAUUAAGGAAUACAAACUUUAUGAUGUGGAAACCAAAUAUGGCUUGCUUCAGGUCUCUGAAGGUUUGUCCUUUUUGCACAGCAGUGUGAAAAUGGUCCAUGGAAACAUUACUCCUGAAAAUAUAAUUUUGAAUAAAAGUGGAGCAUGGAAAAUUAUGGGAUUUGAUUUUUGUAUUCAGUCAACAAAUCCAUCUGAACAAGAGCUGAAGUUCCUAUGUAAAGAAUGGGACCCAAACUUGCCAUCCUUGUGUCUUCCAAAUCCUGAGUAUUUGGCACCAGAAUACAUCCUUUCAGUGAGCUGCGAGACUGCCAGUGACAUGUACUCUUUAGGAGCUGUCACGUAUGCAGUAUUUAAUAAAGGGAAACCUAUUUUUGAGAUCAACAAGAAAGAUAUUUAUAAAAGUUUCAGUAGACAGCUGGAUCAGCUGAGUCGCUUAGGCUCCACUACACUUCAGAAUAUACCAGAGGAAGUACGUGAACAUGUAAAACUACUAUUAAACGUAGCUCCUGCAGUCAGACCAGAUGCAGAUCAAAUGACAAAGAUACCAUUCUUUGAUGAUGUUGGGGCAAUGACACUCCAAUAUUUUGAUUCUUUAUUCCAAAGGGAUAAUCUUCAGAAAUCACAGUUUUUUAAAGGGCUACCAAAGGUUCUACCAAAACUGCCUAAGCGUGUUAUAGUGCAGCGAAUUUUGCCUUACUUGACCUCAGAGUUUGUGAACCCUGAUAUGGUACCCUUUGUUUUGCCUAAUGUUCUGCUGAUUGCUGAGGAGUGCACCAAAGAAGAGUACAUCAAGCUAAUUCUGCCUGAUCUUGGCCCUGUUUUUAAACAGCAAGAACCAAUCCAGAUUUUGUUGAUUUUCUUGCAAAAAAUGGACUUGCUCCUAACCAAGACUCCACCAGAUGAAAUAAAGAAUAGUGUCCUUCCAAUGGUUUAUAGAGCCUUAGAAGCACCUUCAAUUCAGAUUCAGGAACUUUGCCUUAACAUAAUUCCUACGUUUGCCAACCUAAUAGACUACCCAUCAAUGAAAAAUGCAUUAAUACCAAGAAUUAAAAAUGCAUGUUUGCAAACUUCCUCUCUUGCUGUCCGCGUGAACUCCUUAGUGUGCUUAGGAAAGAUUUUGGAAUAUUUGGAUAAGUGGUUUGUACUUGAUGACAUUCUACCCUUUCUACAACAAAUUCCAUCCAAGGAACCUGCAGUGCUUAUGGGAAUUUUAGGUAUUUACAAAUGUACAUUUACUCAUAAGAAGUUGGGAAUUACCAAAGAACAACUUGCGGGAAAAGUAUUACCCCAUCUUAUUCCUCUUAGUAUUGAGAACAAUCUUAAUUUCAAUCAGUUCAGUUCCUUCAUUUCUGUCAUAAAAGAUAUGCUUAGUAGAUUGGAGGUUGAACAUAAGACCAAACUUGAACAACUUCAUAUUAUGCAAGAACAGCAAAAAUCUUUGGAUAUAACUAAUCAAAUGAACGUAUCUGAAGAGACAAAAUCUAAUAGUACAGGUAAUCAGAUUGACAAGAUGUUUAACAAUACUGGAAAUGACGUUCCAACUAGUGGAUCAGAUAGUAAAGAAAAUGGGCUGUCAUCAAAACAGAAAAAGAUGUCACUUACACUUGAAGAGAAGCAAAAGUUAGCAAAAGAACAAGAACAGGCCCAAAAAUUGAAAAACCAGCAACCACUUAAGCCUCAAUCACAUGCAAUCACAGCUCCAGUCAAACAGACAAAGGACUUGACAGAUACCUUGAUAGAUAAUAUGUCGUCUUUGACCAGCCAUUCCAUCAGCAAACCUAAAGUUGCUUCUUCAAGUAGCUUCUCUUCUGUCCCAUCUAUGGGUGUUGGAAUGGGAUUUUUAUCACCUGUUGACAGCACAAAGAGAAACAUAGCAAAUGGACUAAAUACUAAUAUGGGAUUUCAGACUUCUGGAUUCAGCCUUGGGGCAGGUACUACAAACCAGAAUUUCUUCAGUAGUCCAACUGCAACUGGAAUGGCCAAGAUGAACGUGGUACCAACUGCCAACAUGCCAAACUACAGCCCUGUGAGUGCUACAUCUGGAAUCUCACAGCCGACACAACACAACAGAUCCCCAGACUUGUCUGCUUUAGAUAGUCUUUUUGGUCCUCAAAAACCCAAAGUUAGUAUGAACCAAUUGUCACAACAAAAACCAAACCAGUGGCUUACUCAAUUUGUACCCCCUCAAGGUUCCCCGGGUGCAAGCAGUUCUGUUUUGGGACAACAGAUGAACACUCUAGGACAACCUGGUUUUGGUAUGCAGGGUAAUCCUUUCUUUAACCCUCAGAACUUUGCACAGCCAACAAACACCAUGACAAACAGCAGCUCAGCUAGCAAUGACUUAAAAGAUCUUUUUGGGUAAAAUGUCUUGCUUUCUUUUUCAAAGAUUGAUACAAUUUGAAUGAUGGGUAAGCUGAUUAACAUCUUUGUAUGAUUGGUAAAAAUUUGACUUGGGGAAACUUUCCACCUAGCAAAAUAAAGACUUGUACUGGAAAAAGAUUUUGUUUUCAGGCUGACCUGGUAAUGCAAUAGAAUCUCAUAAUUGUCAAGUUGUCUUAUGUGAUAAAUAAUCUUGUUCCUUUCCCCCCAACUUCAGGGUUUUAAGUCAGGAUACAUCAAUCUGCGUACAUCCAUGCACAAAAGCAGAAGCUAAAUAUUUCAUAAUUGUUCAGAAAUUUGUUCCAAAUAGCUUUUGGAUUUGUGUAGUGUUACUCCAUAAAUUGAACAAAAAUGGUUAAGUUGUAAUAAGCUAAUUUAUAUUGUUUAGUGCCCCCACAAUAUCCAAGUCUCUGUUCAAUGUGUGCUAAAUCCUGAUGUGGUGUGAUUUGGAUAGCCUAAAUUUGGCUUGACCCUGAGUUGUACUAUGACACACCAUGGGAUUACACUGCAUCCAAUUGUUUGGUUUUUUUAGCCAUGUUGAAUGAAAAUGUCUCUAAUCAUGUAUAAGAGACUAAGGUUUUGAAGGGAAAUGUUUUGGCUUUCACUUUAUCUUGUUAGAGAGUAAGAAGGAUUAAUACAGCAGUAGUGUUCAACAAGAGUAAAGUGAUGAUGGUGAUCAUUCUAAUUCUCACUAAAACAGAAUGGAGAUUUUGGGAGUGAAAUUGUGAUAUUAACUCCUAAGCAAUAUCCAGUUUAGGACACAGAAAAACACUGCUCCAAUAGUCAUGCUAGAUUAUAACUUGCUCCAUGGUUUUUGAUUCCCGAUUUUCAGCACCACAGUAAGAGCCAUGUACCAUUUGAUGUUAAGCCUUUCUAAAUCCUGCUUAAAACAUGGCGGGUAACUUAGUCAAUCAUGUAUAUUGUAAGUGAAAUAUUUCUGUGUUUUAGUGGCUAAGACGAUCUGCCUCAAAAUUGGAUAUAGUUUGCGUAGUUACAUGGAAACAUUUUGGGUCACUUAACAUUUUCCAUCUAUAUUAGAGGAGACUGAAGAGGACUGCUCAAAACUAGUGAAAAAGCAGUCUGCCAUGAUUGCCUUGAUUUAAAAUAAACAGUUACUCAGAUUUUUUGCUGUCAAACUCUUAUGAAGGACAAAUGCAUAUGAAGUGAAUUCUCAAGCAAAACUAUAAGCACUAGAUUUGGUGACUAGAUAACUAUUUUAAAUCCUUUUAAUGUAUUGCUCCAAAUUUAAUAAAGUUCUCCAGAAAAUUAAGCAGUAGUUUCUUCUGCUUCCAAACAGGUAGAUGUUCAGCUUGCCCAUGAUAGAAUCUCUGGUCUGACAGUUAACUACAGUUUGGUUUUUACUCUUUCCUAGGAAAUUCAGGAACCUUCUUGUGUAAUAUUUAGAGGACUAUUUAGAAGACUGGCUAUUUUGAGAAGGAAAGAACUAGUUAACUUUUUUUUUUAUAGAAAACUUGUACUUUAUUUUUCAAAGCCUUUCGCUGAUGAAAUUGUUCUUUCAUUUGCUGCUUAAGAAACCAAAGGGCCUUAUGCUGUAAAUGUGACUUGUAUUUUGUUAAAUUAUAUUUCCACAGUUUUAAGCAGUAAAAACGUUAACUGUAUCUUUUUAAAAAAACCUGUGUAUUAUAACUACUGCCUUAGUCCUUUUGUUUUAAAAUAUCUGGGACCAGUGGGAAAUUUUUUUUUUUUAAACGCACAUUGUAUGUGCUGUUAUAUUUUUGGUAGAUAUUGUAGGUUACAUUGAAUUAGCAGCAUAAUUUAAAUGCGAUACUAGGACUACUGAACGUUUUUGAUACAUAUAUGGUUAAUGACAUUCUAUACUGUGGGUGAUCCUAAUGUCUUUUUUUAUAUAAAUCAACUUGCACAUCUGAUUUCUGAGAGAUGUACUUUAUUAGGGCAAUCUAAGGCAAGACUUUGAAGAAUUACUUGAGUCUGCAUUCUCCUGAAUUAUGUGGGAAAUAAAACAGUGUUAAAAAAUUACCACUGUUAAUAUAGUUUAUUGUAAAAUCUCAUAUCCAUGGUAGAGAUGCACUCAAGCCAAAAAAUUCUAAUCUGGAUUUUGACCACUCCUGUGCUCGUGACCGUCCCACACAUAGAGUUUGGGGGCAUUCAGGGCAUUAGGAUUUUGGUUCAGCCUAUUAGAGAGAGGGGACAGUUGCAAAAUUUGGAAUUUUGGGUCCAUGGUUUUAGUUGGGCCAAUCUCCAAUUCAAAGUAUAGGGUAGUUCUUUGUAAACUAUUUUUAUGCCCUGUAGGGUUUAUUUUCGAGAGAGAGAGAUUGUACCAGAGGUAAUAUACUGGAUAAAUGUUUGUCUGGCUUGAAUAAUUUGAAAUUUUUUUGGUGCAACACUUUGGUGCAAAAUUUUGUUUCCCUGUGAAAUGAGGCAUAGCUUCCAAAAUCCCCAGAGUUCUAUGCCUCCGCAAUGCUUCUUGUGCUCUGUAACAGGGAUUGUUUACGAAGCUGACUCUAUCUCCAGUUGCUUUUGCUCACCCCCAAGCCACAAUGAUGGGUUGAACUGCAGACCGUAGUAUAGCAUGCAGUCUAAGUUAAUAAUACUAGAUCAGCAAUAACAUAUAUAUCUGGAAUCCACAGAGGUAUUAGGAAGGGAUAGGGGAGAAAUACAGAGACAAUGUUACAGAAGAUGGCCAUGCCUCAGGCCUGCCAUUUUCCUAAUGAAGGAGGGACUUCCAUGGUUCAAAGGUAAGUUGGGAAGAUGGGUCACACCUAUACUGCCCCUUCUUUAUUUUCUGUAUCUGCUUUUUUUUCUCUCUCUCUCUCCAUGCAUUUAGCCCUCAAAUAGAAUGGAAAUUUGCUUUGAAAUUGAUAUUAGCUCUAGGCAAUGUGUAGAAAAUAUUCAUAUUUGUUUCACCAAAAUAAUCAUGCACUGGUGUUGUGUUGCCUUGAACAAUUAAUCCAGGUUUUACAUUUCUGCCCUUCACACUGAAAUGAACUUAAAAAAUAUGUGCAAACAUUGCGUGCAUCAAGUACAUUUGUUUAUGUAACUCCCCAAUCCUGCACUUAAAUCUGUGCGAUCAGACCUCCAUUGACUGCAAUAGAGUUCUGCAUGGGUCUGGCUCUUAGGGUAGGUCUACACUUACCCGGUAGUUCGGCGGCGAGUGAUCGAACUUCUGGGUUCGACUUAGC